GGCGUCAGCACAACUUCCCUACAUCGAGCAGUGAAAUUCGCCUGCCGUGUGCAUCCCCCCGGUUCGCCAAGAUGAAGCGACCUUGUGAGGAAACUACCUCAGACAGCGACAUGGAUGAAACCAUAGACGUGGGAAGCGAAAACAAUUACUCGGGGCAAAGUACGGGCUCUGUGAUUCGAUCAAAUUCUCCGACAACAACAUCUCAGAUUAUGGCCAGAAAGAAAAGAAGAGGGAUUAUAGAGAAAAGGCGUCGUGAUAGGAUAAAUAACAGUUUAUCUGAGUUGAGAAGACUUGUGCCAACUGCUUUUGAAAAACAAGGAUCUGCAAAAUUGGAAAAAGCAGAAAUACUACAAAUGACAGUGGAUCAUUUGAAGAUGCUUCAAGCAACAGGAGGUAAAAGUUAUUUUGACGCCCAUGCACUCGCCAUGGAUUUCAUGAGCAUUGGAUUCCGAGAAUGCUUAACUGAAGUUGCCAGGUACCUGAGUUCAGUGGAAGGUCUGGACACAUCGGAUCCCCUGAGAGUUCGACUGGUUUCUCAUCUCAGUACCUGUGCCUCUCAGAGGGAGGCAGCCGCCAUGACUAGCUCUAUGGCCCACCACCAUCAUCACCCUUUACAUCCACAUCAUUGGACAGCUGCUUUUCACCAUCUUCCUACAGCUUUGCUUCAACAAAAUGGACUGCACGCCUCAGAACCCACCCCUUGUCGAUUGUCCACAGCGUCAGAAGUGCCUCCCCCUUCCCAUGGCUCAGCUCUUCUCACAGCCACUUUUGCUCAUGCCGAUUCUGCACUUCGAAUGCCUUCCACCGGCAGCGUGGCUCCCUGUGUUCCACCCCUCUCUACUUCUCUCUUGUCCCUCUCCGCCACUGUCCAUGCUGCUGCUGCAGCGGCCACAGCAGCUGCUCAUAGCUUCCCCCUUUCCUUUGCCGGGGCAUUCCCCAUGCUCCCACCAAAUGCAGCAGCAGCAGCAGUAGCAGCUGCAACAGCCAUCAGCCCACCUUUAUCUGUGUCAGCAACUUCUAAUCCCCAGCAGACAGGCAGUGGAACCAACAGUAAACCUUACCGACCCUGGGGGACUGAAGUUGGAGCUUUUUAAUAUUCCCUGGAAGCUUUCUACUAGACUUUGGCAGUAGUAACCGAAUGUCCUUCAUUUCAGAGUCAGCUUCAAGGCCUGCACCCUGAAGGUAGCAGCCAUGACAGAUGCCUGAAAAGCCACCAAGAAACAAAAAACACUGUUUUUAGAUACAGAUCUCACAAGAAGAAAGGAUAUUGCCUGUUUUCUUCUUUGUUUUUGCUUUAGGCAUCUUGUUAACUAACAUCAGUGAGCUUUUGAAAAUGUCACAUUCUUUUUACCGUUUAAAAGUUUAUGAGGGAAAUAUACAGAUUCUAGAGAUAAUCUUCCAGCUAUACAUCUUCAUGUUUGUGGGUUAGGAAAGAAAAUACUCCAUGGAAUUCUCCUGAGGCUGGAUGGAAAAAAAAAAACACGAUUUAAAG